ACAUCCCUGCUGCUGAGUUGCAAUGUUCGUUCACUUUGCUUGUCAUAAUGCGGGUUUUGUUGUUUGUGAAGAUAUAGUACUUUGAAAAUAUUCUCUCUUGUGGACUGAGUUAGGUGAUAUAUUAUGAAGCUGUCACGGAAACUGGUUCUCGCUAAGGCUAAGGCCUCCGACUUGGACAGCGUGAAGAAGCUGAACUGCUGGGGAUGCAACCUAACUGAUAUUUCUAUCUUCUCUCAAAUCCCCAACAUUAAGGUGCUGACACUGAGUGUCAACAGCAUCUCGUCUCUCGCUCCUCUGGCUGGCUGUCUGUCUCUGUGUGAGCUCUACCUGAGGAGGAACCUGAUUCCUUCACUCUCUGAGCUCUCUCACCUUCGCCUUUUGACACGUCUCAGAGUGCUCUGGUUGGCUGAGAACCCCUGUUGUGGAACAGAGUCCAGCCAUUAUCGUCUGACUGUCCUGCGCUGCCUGCCUCGUCUCCAGAAGCUUGACAACCAGGUAGUGACAGAGGAUGAGAUUGCACUAGCGAUGAUAGAGGGUGAUGUGGUCACCACCCCGCCAGGCAGUGUCCAAAACCAGCUGUCUGCAAACGGACCUCCAGAAGCGGAGACAGAAAAUGACGCACUCAACUACAACAUGGUGGAGACCAAUAAAAUCAGGCAAGAGUUGGGGAUGAAGCCUCUGUCCAGAGACAAAUUCUCCUCUCUUUCCUCUCCAUCAGCCAGAGAAACUAAAUCAUCAAUAAAAAAGACACACACUCUUGAUGCAGUUCUUCUGCUGCUGAACGACUUGGAUGAAGAGGAGCUUCGCAUUGUACACACAGCUACGCAGAACAGACUCCAGACUUACACACUGGACCCAGAAACACUGAAAGAUUCAGUGCAGACACAGAAAACUGCCGACGUCCAACACUGAAACAUUUCACAGUACGUGCUCAGGGCCAAACUUCUCACUCCCCUUUUUCCAUCUAAACCAAAAUCUCUUCCUCAGAGAUUAGAAACAGUGUCCACACCCCCCCCCCCUGCCCUUUUCUCCUGAUUCCAAUAAGCAUGAUAUGGGAUUUCAUUUCACUGACCCUUUUCCUUUUUGUGGUCCUGUUUUCACAUGUGGAAGAGUACUUAAUAACUUCCUCUGCUUUCUGUCUUUUUUUUUUAUAGCAGCAUGCCUUCCUGCCUUGUAAGAACAAAGAAUGUAUGUUUUGCUAAAUGUAAAUCUAUUUCUGUAAUUAGAGAGAAUAAAUUGCAAUGCAUUAAC